AAAAUUAAACUCAAAUUAUUGAAAUUCUAAAUUAUUGAAAAAUUUUCAAUAAGUGAAAUAAAUUUUUCGUGUAACGAAAAUUUUCAUUAAAAAAACUAUAUCAAAAUUCAUCUAAAUUAUGCCUCUACCAUUAGCAAAUCAACACCAUUCAAAAUCCCCAAAUACAUUACCAGUAUUGAAUCAAAUAUUCAAUAAUAUACAACGUUACAGACUAUCGCCCAUAACCAUUAAAUCAAGAGCAAACAAAAGUGUUUCGGUGACAAAAGAGCCUCAGAAAAGUAGAAAUAAUCGUUCAUGCAGCUACCAUUACCCCAGUCUUUACCGCAACUUACCAAGAGUAACGGAAUCUAAAUCUUAUGAAAUUGAUAAGGGUUAUUUAAAAAGACAAGAAGAAUUGCUGCUACAAGUUUAUGCUAGUUUAGGAACUGGCAGUAGGAAGAGAACUUCGGGUGAUAAAGUUAUAAAUGAAGAAUAUGAAAGAAUACAAAGAAAAUAUUGUCCAAAAUUUAAACUGACAAUUGGAUCUAAUAUACAGCAGACAAGUAAACAAGGUUUUGGGGAAAUAAAAGAAAAUUCUAGAAUGAAUGGUCAAACAAGAAAGAAAACUCCUGGGAUAGUUUUGAAAGCAGCAGUAAGUAAUCAGAAGCCUAAUUUAAUCAUGCAAAAAUCGCAAUGGAAUUUUAAGAAAAACAAUGAGAAAACUAAUGACGCCAACUUUAAUUCCCUCAAGUUUAAAGAAAAAGAAAAAAUUCUUAAGGUUCAAAAUUUGGAUGUUGAAUCAGAACGUUCUAAAAUACCGGAUAUACAAGAUGAUUCAGAUAAAACUUUAACGCCUGGGGAAAAAAGUGUAAUACAAUUGAAUAAUGCAGACUUUAGUAACAAAAAAGAUCAAUCAUAUCCCAACAAAGAUAAAUAUCGUGAUGAACCUAAUAACAUAAACUAUUCAACUGAUUCAAAACAUGCUUCAAAAAUAAAAACAGUUUCUAAAAGUAUUUCUAAAUCCUUAAUAACUGACGAAAUCAGAUACCCUCAACUACAACAAAUAUUCUACCACCAAGCGGUGCCACCAGCCUCUACAAACUCCUAUAACCUUAAAAACAAAUUGGAUCACCUUAAUCAAGAAAUAAGACAAGCCAUCAUUCUGGGAAAAUCUCCAGAUGCUACUACCAAUAAACGAUUAGCCAAUGCCAUUGAAAAAGCUUUACAGGAAAAAUUUUCUUGGGAUACUAUUCAGUCGGUUAUAAAAAACAUUAGGAAUUAUAAUUCAAAACAGAAAAUCCUACAUCUUCUACAAAUACAGCUCCGUCAAAGGGUAUUCAUAUUAUGCACCGUACGCACCUGCAACUUUCCCCAUUUACUCUCUAUUGUAGACAAAGUAAUGCACCCAGUGCGGGCACAAUUUGCUCCUGUUCUUCAGCAUUUCAGUCAUUGUUGUGUUAUUGAAGCGAUAGUUCCUCAGAAAUACCUGCAACUAAGUUCCAAACAAUUUCGUGAAAAUUUAGAUUGUGAUGCUAAAGUUUUAAAAGUCAAGAGGAUCGAUGUUGUCGAUGAGGUACGCGGAGAAGUUAGUGUCCAAUGUCUACCGGUCUCUAUGCCCAAUACUACCAAGUUUAUGGAAUCUUUGGGCUAUAAAGUUUUGAAUUCUGAUUAUGGCUUUCGCGCCAAUAGAGAAAUAUUUUUAGAUACACGGACGGGAGCGGAAUAUAGAAAAUUAAUAAGUAAUUUAUUGCAAAUACCAGAUAUUGAAACGAUAUCGGAUAAUGUAAUAUAUUAAGAAAGGGAUUGUUUUUGGUUUUAAAAUUAAUACCCAUGUUUAGUUCUUCUCACAGUUUUGAUUUUAUUUAUGCAAUAAAGUUCUAUUAUAUAUUA